AUGUUGUUGGACUUCAUCACAAGGAGAACGCUAACUCUCAAGGCCGCCAAACCAAGGGUUACUAAGGGCCUUGGAGAUCCACUGCGACCCGCGAAGUCGCACGUCGUCAAACGAGUGGCCGACGCUCCCGGCUGCGUCCUGUGCAAAGGUCGGCAUAACGUAAUGGUGUGCGAACAAUUUAAGUCGAAAUCCGCGCUCGAGCGAAAGUCCGUCGCCGAGACACAUCGACUAUGCUAUAAUUGCCUCGGUUCGCACCCUGUCGCGAAAUGCCAGUCAACGAAGAUGUGCUUCUCGUGCAAGGCGAGACAUCACACACUCUUGCACGAAGCGUACGUCGCUGCGAACCCCGCCGACGCCAGUGUGUUGACCGCUGUGCGCCAAGACAACGAGUGCAAGGUCCUGCUUGCUAUCGCGAGAAUCACCGUCGACGAUCGUCACGGGGACCCGGUUAGAGUCCUGAUCGAUCAAGGAUCAGAAGUGUCCUUGACCUCCGAGGCGCUAAUCCAGCGCUUGCGCCUACCGCGAUCUCGCGCGGCAAUCUCAAUCUUUGGCAUCGGCAGCUCAUCCUCGGGUUCCUGUCGCGGGAAGGUGUCUCUCAAUCUCACCUCCAGGAUCAAUGGAGCUCGAGUCACCGCUGUUGCUUUCAUCCUGCUACGUUUCUCGUUAUAUCAAGGAGCGGCUACGACAUAUAAGACUACAUGGCCUCACAUCGAAGGUCUCCAGCUAGCCGAUCCGCAAUUCUCAGCCGCCGAUCCCAUCGAGAUGCUGCUCGGCGCGGAAGUGUGCUCCAUCAUUCGGCAAGAAGGCCUUCGAAAAGGCGAUCCACACACUCCCGUCGCUCAGCAUACUCUGCUCGGAUGGAUUCUCUCGGGAGCCUGCGGCGAGAAUCUCCCAGCGACUCCACACCGCUCUUUCCAGUGCACCGACGACCACGAGCUGACCGCGCUCGUGCCACGUUCUUGGGAGCAAGAGAAGGAACCUUCCGCCUCAGUGUCCAUCACGCCAGACGAGCAACGAUGCAAGGAAUUCUUUGCUCAGACGCACAGCCGCACCGCUGCAAGGAGGUACAUUGUGUGA